AUGUCCCAAAAUCCACAACCUUCACUCCCAAAGGGAGCCACUAUGAGGGAUAUUUUCGAUUAUUGCGAGAAACAUGGAUUGGAUUCCGUUGCUCAAGGUAUGAUUGAGUUGGCUCCUCCCAUGACAUUGAGAAGUCUCCUUCAGAAAAUUACAAUGGAUGAUUCGGUACAUCAAUAUAGAGCUCGUAUGGGUCAACCUGUGUAUCGAGAAGGAUUGUUGAACAUGUUGAGAAAUCAUUACGGAAUGAAGAAUUUGGAAUUGGAUAAUAUUUUGGCAGUGCAAGGAGUAACUGCUGGAUGUUUGAGCACUUUACUUUGGAUGAAAGAACAAGGUAAAACUCAAAUCGGAUUAAUGACUCCUUUCUAUACAUACCAUCUCCGAGAUGUUGAAAGUGUUUUCGGUAAUACGAAAGAAGCUCACGAAAAACAUGUUCGAUUCGUAAAAUUGGGUCCUGCACCAAGAUUUGAUAUUGAUUUUGUGGACAUUGAGGAAAAUUAUUUGAAGAAGGGUUUGUUGGAUUGUAUCAUGAUUUGCAAUCCUGGAAAUCCAACCACUAGAGUCUAUGAAAAGGAAGAAUUGGAAAAACUUGCUCACUUGUGUGCCAAAUACAAUUGUUAUGUCUUGUUGGAUGAAUGCUAUUGUGACAUGGUUUGGAGAAAGGAUGAAUCAACAGGAAAACUCACCAUUGAUCACGUUUAUUGUCCACUUGCUAACGAUGAAAUUUUGAAUACUUUGAAGAAUGUCAUUGUGUGUAGAGGAUUUUCCAAGAAUAUGGGUUGCCAAUCAUGGCGUUGUGGAUACGUCAUUGCACAAAAGGACGUGAUUAAUGCAUUGAUGCGUGCUCAUGAUCCUCUCUAUAUCUGUGUUCCUUAUUUCCAACAUGCAUUGGGCGAAUACCUGUCACAAGAUUUGGUAGAUUUCGAACGACAUGUCAAAGAAACUGGUCAACUCAUGCUCGACAAUUGGCAAAUCUUGAGAGAUGCAUUCUGCAAGAGUUUGGGCUGGAAAGCUAUUGAACCUUCUGGAUCCAUGUAUGGAUUAUUUGAACACAAUUCAGCUUCAGAUUUGGACGCUGUAGUGGAAGCUUUGAAAUUAGGUGUUGGUGUGUCACCAGCCAGUAUUUUCUUCCCUCCAGGAAAUGACAACACUGGCAUGGUUAGAAUUCACUUGGGAAUUUCUGCAGAGAAGGCCAAGAGAGUUGCCAAACAAUUGUUGGAGCGCUCUGGAAAUUAA